CUUCCCCCGCGAAAACCUUACCGACUCGAAAAGCCUCUAGUACAAUCCAACUACGGCCGUUAUGUCAUUCUAUCAACCCCCCAGAUACACGAUUCAGUCUUAAGCCCUACCACGCCGAAAUGAACAUCGUCCGAGAACACUACAAUGAUGGCAACCGUGCCUUCCUCCAAGCCUUUCUGGCUCGGGGCACCCUCACCUACGAAGACGCACAACCUAUCCUAGCCGGGAUCUUCACCAUUGAAGCCCAAGAUGGCGAGCCAGUCGCCCCCGAGCAGGUCACGAUGGAGGACUUUGACUCCUACCUGCAAGCUGCAGCCGAGGGCGUCUCUUUCUUCGACUACGAAAUACGAAGCGCGAUCCAUCAAGUCUCCAAGAAGCGCAUCUACGCUCUCGUGAACACGGCCUCCGAUCCCAUGACACAACUCGCGACCACGUACAACGCCGAGCAGAUUGCCUUCACAAAGAGGCUAUUAGACGCCAUGUUCGAGACGUACAACUCCCCGCGGAUGGAGCUCAUGUGCAUCACGGAGAUGCAGGCUAUUAAGCUGGCCCGCCCUCCACGACAGAACAACAACAAUAACGACGAGAACGGAGAACCCACGCAAACGCAGUCUUCCUCAGAUAAGGGACUUAAGCAUAGCGAAGUAGAAGACAUGCUGGCGAACCUGGUGAAUCAGGGCUGGCUGGAGAAGUCCAAGGACGGUUUCUACAGCCUCAGCCCGCGAGCGCUGCUCGAGCUCCGAGCAUGGCUGAUUGACUCGUUCAACGACCCCGACGCGGCGGCGCAAGACUGGCAGCGCAUCAAGUUCUGCGAGGCGUGCAGGGAGAUCGUCACAGUCGGACAAAGGUGCGCGGAACGAGACUGUAACGCGCGCCUGCACAACACAUGCCAAGAAGGGUACUGGCGCACCCAGCGGAGUCACAAGUGCCCCAAGUGCUCAAAGGACUGGGAUGGGGAACAUUAUGUGGGAGAGCAGGCCAUGACUAGCACAGAGGCGUACCAAAGGGGCUGUCGGAGGAGUGGAGGUGGCAGGAAGAGCAAUGCCGCAGACGAAAUCAUGCACGAAAACGGUGAGGAAGAAGAAGACGGCGAGGAUGAGGCAUGAUGAAGCAUAGAGAAAGACGCGGAAGCUCUAUACCUGGGAUGCGAAGGGCAGUUUUCACGAAAGAUACCCCAUGAUGGCGGCUAACUCAGCCGAACCACUCAAUAUUUACCAAUAGCAUACUACAUAUCGUCCAAGACAGCUGUCAAAGGAGACUGGAUGAGCCGCAAUGCUCUCAGAGGUUCUUCAUUUCUCCAUUUUAGCCCCAACAAAAGAGGCGAAAUCUGAA